AUGGAAGACGACCCCCAGCCACAGCGCCCCGUCCAGCAGGUGCAGGUCUUCCGCGCCCCGCGCCUCGUCUCGCGCCCGAAGCCGCGCAUGGAGCAGGAGGAAGAGAUGGGCAACGAGAUCAAGCUGGGCGACUUUGAGGACGUACACGCCCUGUCCGUCUCGGAAGCGCGCGCCGUCGUUACUGCAGUCCACGAGGCGCGGCGGAAAAAGGACCCCGAGAACAACCCCCUGCGCGACCGCAUCCACAACGACCAGCCCGUCAUCAUGCACUUCCUCGAGUACCUCGACAACUUCUCGCGCUACAAGCAGGAGGAGAGCCUGCAUUCCAUCGCCGCGCUUUUCGACACCCACCCUGAGCUGACGACCGUCGAGAAGGCCCUGCUAGGAACCCUCACACCAGACACCGCCGAUGAGGCUACGACGCUUAUCCCGUCACUGGCGAGCAAAAUGGACAGCGACACACUGCAGCCUAUAUUGGACGAGCUGACUAAGAUGCGUAUGUUGGACAAGAUCGCCCGUGGUCACCACAAGUGA